CCCCCGCAGCAUCGCGCGUCCCGCCAGGCCCCGCGCGCGUGACGCCACCGGGCGGCGCGGCCACGAUCCGGCCUCGGCCUCACUCACCCCGAAGACUAAGAUGGCAGCGAGUGUGAGGGCGCUGAGCGCCCUGCGCCCCGCCGCCGUCCCCGCGCUGCUGCCGCCGCUCACCGCCUCGGUCCGCCGCGGCUCCAGCCGCGCCUCCAUCUCCCACCUGCACAGGCAGCUCUACGGCCGCCUCUACCCCGUGCUCCUCGUCAAGACCGACGGCUCCACCAUCCGCCUCCGCUACCGGGAGCCCAAGAGGAUCCUGCUGCUGCCGCUGGACAGCAACACGCUGCCCGAGGCCGAGCGCAGGGCCCGGCUGCGGAGGCACUUCCCGAGCAGGACAAAGGCCGUCGCGGAGGAGACGUUCGAGGGCAUCGACCUGGACACCUACAAGCGGUUUUGGAAGAAAUAAGCGAGCGUGUGAAAUAAACCCGAAACCAAACCGAA